GACCGAGAUUACAAAAACUGUUCGAACAGAAAUUAAGCACGAGAAGAAAGUAACCGAAAUUAUUAAGGAAGAAGCAGCCAAAGACAAUAAUGGAAAAGACGUCGUGCGUGCUGUACCAGUUCUACCUAUUAUCCUGCCAGCGCAUCUAAGGAAAUCUCAGAAUGCUUUGAAAGAUGAUAACAAAGAACUCCAUAACAUACGCCUGGGAAAGCGAUCGCGCUCUUUCUUUAGUGACAUGAAGCGACCGUUGCCGAUCUCGAUGAAGAAAAGCGCGCACUUCAAGUUGCCACACAAACAUGGACUGACUUGGAUGCUGAAGACAAGAAUGAUCCCAUGAUGGUGACUGAGUAUGUCAAUGAAAUUUUUGAAUACAUGCGCGUCUUGGAGCUCGAAACUUUACCGCAAGCCAACUACAUGGAGUCUCAGAAAGAACUCGUAUGGAAGAUGCGAGGCAUUCUAGUCGACUGGCUCAUGGAAGUCCAUUGCAACUUUGGACUUUUGCCUGAAACUUUGUUCCUUGCUGUGAAUAUCAUUGACCGUUUCCUCUCUGCUCGCGUUGUUUCUCUCGUGAAGCUUCAACUAGUUGGUGUCACUGCCCUUUUCAUUGCUUCAAAAUACGAAGAGGUGAUGGCACCUUCCAUUAAGAAUUUCACCUUCAUGGCCGACGGUAGUCUUAAAGACGCUGAUAUUUUGAAGGCAGAACGAUACGUUCUUCAAGUCCUCGAUUUCCAGCUCUGUUAUCCAAACCCAAUGCACUUUUUGAGACGAGCAUCGAAGGCAGAUAACUACGAUAUUUAUACUCGUACCGUUGCAAAAUAUUUUAUGGAAAUUCCGCUGGUUGACCAUCGGUUUAUGGGAUGUCCACCAUCAUUGAUAUCAGCCUCUGCGUUGUUCCUGGCGAAAAAAAUGCUUUCACGGGGCGAUUGGGAUGCCAAUCUUGUACAUUACUCUGGCUACAAGGAGACCCAACUUCGCAAAUGGGCAGAACUCAUGCUUGACUAUCUUGCACAGGAGCCUAUUCAUGAUGCUUUUUACAAGAAGUAUGCAAGUAAGAAGUUCAUGAAAGCUAGCAUAUUUGUUAGAGACUGGAUGGUCAAACAUUAUAUCAACCGAGAUGCUGAUUGAGUACAGUAGUCAUGGUAUUGUUCAAUCGGUUUUUACCCAGUUCUUGUCUAUACCGCAACCAUUUUUUUCACCCCCUAUUUCUUUCGUUGUUUUCACCUUUUUACUGUUGUUCAUCUUCUACGGCCUGUUGGAUGGUUUUAUUGUCAUUCAUUUUAAAUACAAUACACAAUUGUUAACAUAAAAAGAAGUUGCGGGAAGACGAGCGUCUGUGGCUUAUUGCACAGGCUGAAAAAGGAAAGAACGGCAUUAGACAAACGACGACAUCGAUUAAAGAACUCAGAUCAAUUUUUCUA